AUGUUUGUGCCUCUAGGAUUUCGGUUUAUCCCCACAGAAGAAGAACUCCUCACACACUUUCUCAGAAGAAAACUGAAGCAAGAAUCGUUGCCUUACGAGGGUGUAAUUUUGGAGCGCGAUGUUUAUGGCGAGGCACCUUGGAAUAUAUUUACGGUUGAAGAUCCAUGGCAUUCAUUGAAAUCCAAUGAAUUUGUUAUCUACGUCUUCACCCAAUUGAAGAAAAUUGACCGCGAAAAGAAGAGAAUUGUUCGGAGAGCCGGAUGUGGGACAUGGGAUGGCCAAACCGGUAUCAAGAACAUUUAUAAUAAAGAGAAAGAGCUUAUUGGAUUCAACAAGAUGUUGAGUUUUGAAGUAGAUGCGAAGAAAGAUGAGUUCUUGAUCAUGCCAAAAGGUCAUUGGAUUAUGCACGAGUAUUCAUUGGGCGGUGUGAGUUUGAAUGGGUUAGAAGAAGGCACUCGUGAUUACGUAGUUUGCAAAAUCAAAAGAGAUGAUUCUAAACAUCUCAAGAGAGCACCAAAGCAUCAUGCUCAUGAAGUAUCCAAAGAAGAAAACCCUAGAUGUCGUAAGAAGAUGAGAUAUGAUCAUGGUGAGGUCUCUACAACUCCACAAAACAUUGAUCAAUCUGUGUCCAUAGUAACAAUCAUGGACAGUCAUCCUGAUCAGUUGCUUCCACCGAAACUACCCAACAAUACACCCUUUGAUAUUCAGCCACUGCCAACACAUGAUGAUGAUGAGACUGCAACUCUCUUUGAUCUGUCCAACAUCACAAUCAACUCUUGUGAUAUGCAGCAGAUAGACUCAUUUUUUGACAACUUAGAUGCAACUGCAACCUCCAAUCAUCAGCCGCUGCUACCACAUGAUGAUGAUGAUGAGACUCAUGCAUAUACAAUAGCAGCAGAAGACUCGUUUUUGGAGGACACUGAUCCAGAAAUGCAGGAGCAACUCAAUGCUUUAUCUGAAUUUCUUAUGAAUGAUGAUGAGCCAUCACUUUCAGUCGGCAACAUCGAUCAAAUCCAAGAAAACUUUUGGCUAUAUUAA